AUGUACAUCGUUCUGGAGUCACAGUUUGACUACUCAGUUGUAAGUACUUUUCAACACGCAGUGUCAUCCUCAAGGUUGUAUUUUGUAUUGUGCACUAAAAUGAAAUACAAACAACAAUUUCAGCAUGACAUGCCUGUUUUGCGGCGAUGGUGGUGCCUGUUGCUCCUGGAGAACAAUUCUUUGAACAGGUAGACAGUUUAAGUAAACUAGAUGCCCUAAUUAACUGGAAGACAAUCAAUGUAUUGUACUUAAAGAUAUAUUGUCAUUACAGUUGUGGGAAAAUCUUCGCCCACUGGACCGAAGAAUGUAAACAGCUCAUUGCUGGAAAGCAUACUCCGGUCUUCAGACUAAAGAGGAAGGCCGAGCAGCAGGACAUAGAGGUUAGAAAAUUGCCUUCUAAAAACAGUAUUAUCUCAGUGGGAGUCCUUCAAAAUGCACACAGUUGUAUGGAUCAACAUUGUCUCGAUGUAUUUGGUAAUUGAUGUUACUUUUCAAAUUGACUUGUCAAGGAAACCAUGACGUAG